AUGCGUCUCCAUCCGUUGUUUUCAGUCUCGACCCUGGCAGCAGUGGCAGCUGCACAGGUGGACUAUUCUCAAUAUGUGAACGCCUUCAUGGGAUCUGAAGGUCCCACUCCAGGGCAAGGCUAUGGAGGAGGCGACAUCUUCGUCGGCGGCGCGCGUCCUUUCGGCGUCGUCAAGUUCGGCAUCGACACCACUGCGGCGAAUUGGAGCAUUGCGGUCCUGAAUGGGGGCUGGACUCCGGACGGGAAUGUGACUGCAAUAAGCAUGAUGCACGAGAGCGGCACUGGCGGCGCCCCCAAAUACGGCAUAAUUCCGCAGAUGCCUCUCACGUCCGUCGAUCCCCCGGUCAAUAUCCUCGACAAUCUCACUUACAGCCAGCCUCGAGUGGGCAAUGACACCGCUACCGUGGGCUACUUCAAGACAUCCUUGCAGAACGGUGUGACCGCUGAACUUUCCGCUUCGCAACAUGCCGGGAUAGUGCAGUACUCGUUCCCAAGCGGUGAGAAGCACAUCCUCGUUGAUGUCUCUCAUUAUCUUCCGGGCAACCCCGGCGAUCCAAGCCCCCAGUUUUACGUUGGAGGGGAGAUCGAGAUUGGGAGUGAUGGCAAGUCAUAUCAAGGAUAUGGCACCUACAUUGGCGGAUGGAACAAUGGCGCUCCGUACACCGUGUACUUCUAUGCAGAGUUUUCCGAAGCUCCCAGCAUAGCGCAGACGUUCUCCGGAGUGAACACUGACCCUAUGCCUCGGUAUCAGAACCUGGCAAACGGUGGAAUUAGCGAGCCCGUGUUCGGCAACCAGACGAAAGUGACAUCGGGGCCGAUGAACCACCGCGUGGGGGCGUUGUUCAGCUGGAACGACGGCCCAGCGUCUCAGAUCGUCUCGAGGAUAGGGAUCUCUUUCAUCUCGACCGACAAAGCUCGCUCGUACAUCGACUCCGAAAUCCCGUCGUGGAACCUGAACGACACCGUGGCUGACGCGGUCCAGGAAUGGAACCGGGACGUGUUCAGCAAGAUCCAGGUUCCGAUUGACGGCUCGGCGAACGUCACCAACCUACGACUCCUCUACAGCUCGCUGUAUUUCAUGCACCUGAUGCCCUCGAACCGUACUGGGGAAAAUCCUCUCUGGGACUCAGGCGAGCCAUUCUGGGACGACUUCUACACUCUGUGGGACAUCUUCCGCUGCACCGUCAGUUUCUAUCACAUCCUGCAGCCGGAGUACUAUGAGUCGAUGAUCCGGGGUCUCAUUGACAUAUACAGAUACCAAGGCUUCUUACCGGAUGGACGAUCUGGCAACUGGAAUGGAUUAGUGCAGGGAGGCUCGAACGCGGACAACGUCCUCGCCGACGCCUAUGUCAAAGGGCUGCGGGGGGCCAUCAACUGGACCGACGGCUACGCAGCGAUGGUGAAGGACGCCGAGGUGGUGCCGUACAACACUUACGACCCCACAGACUACUCGGCCAGCACGAAGGAAGGAAGAGGUGCUCUGGCCGACUGGCUGGAGCUGGGCUACGUCUCGCAAGACCGCAACACGCGCUGCAUCUCGCGAACCGUGGAAUACAGUCUCAACGACUUCGCGCUGAGCCAGGUCGCUGCAGGAGAGAGCCCUGGCGAUCAGCAGAAGUACCUGAAGCGAUCGGCCGGCUGGCAGCUGAUCUGGAACCACAACCAGACCAGCCUGAACUUUACCGGUUUCCUUGCGCCGAGAUUCUCCAAUGGUACGUUCAACACGAGCGGUUACGAUCCGUUGUACUGCGGCGAAUGCGAGUGGCAUGCCAUUUCCUACGAGGCCGUUCCAUGGGAAUAUUCCUUCACCGUGCCACAUGAUAUGGAAACCCUGAUUGACUUCAUGGGUGGCCCAAGCACUUUCGAGUCGCGAUUAGACCUGAUGGAAGAGGAGCUGACACUGCAGCAGUUCAAACCAGGCGUGGCCGUUCAAAAUCUCGGAGCUAAUGGUGCGGGCAUCACAACCUUGAUGAACAUCGGAAACGAGCCCGAUUUCAUGACGCCCUACCUCUACAACUACAUCAACAAGCAGGCCAAGAGCGUGCAGCAGACAAGAAGCCUUACUAACCAAUACUACAAAGACGCCCCCUACGGCAUCCCCGGGAACAGCGACGCCGGCGCCAUGAACUCGUGGCUCCUGUGGCAGCUCGUCGGCUUGUACCCGGUCGUGACGCAGCCCGUCUACCUGCUGGGCUCGCCGUGGUUCCCGGACCUGAACAUGACCGUCAACGGCAACAAGACGCUGCGCAUCACCGCGACGGGGCUGGACAAGGGGUACUACGUGCAGAGCGUCAAGGUCAACGGCCAGCCCUGGACGAAGAACUGGCUUACGCACGAUGACGUUAUGGUGGACGGCGGCACGAUCGAGUUUGAGCUCGGCCCCGAGAUGAAGUUCUGGGAGACCGGCGAGGUUCCGCCUUCGCCGGGCCAUUAUACCCUCUGA